AUGGAGGGCUAUCGCUUGAAUGCCUUCGGCUUCCCUGGUGCACCUGAAGCUAUUACCAACCUUGGCUUGCGCGAUCAGCGUCUCGCUGUCGAAUGGAUACACCACAACAUAGCCGCGUUCGGAGGUAAUCCGAAGAAAAUUGUCAUUGCAGGUCAGUCCUCGGGUGGAGCUGCGGUAGACUGGUGGUCCUAUGCACACAAGGACAAACCCAUUGCGCAUGGCCUCAUAUCGACUUCUGGAAACGUAUUCAGUUUCCCCAUGAACGCACCAGAGAAGCAGACUGCCAAUUGGUACGCCCUUUCCAAUGCACUUGGCUGCGGAUCUUUUGGAGAUACCCUCGCAUGUAUGCGCAAGCAACCUUUUGAAGCCAUCUCCUUGGCCGUGACAAAGAUUGCUCCCAGUACAGGUGGUAGUCCGGUUCGGUCGACGCCGCCGUUCUACCCCAAGGUCGACAACGAGACGAUCUUCAGUGACUACCUUUCGCUCUCAUCGGCUGACAAAUUUGCACCUCUUCCUUACUUCCACGGCCAUAACGAUUACGAACAAGGAUACUAUGUCAUCCCAGCUUUCGCGCAAGGUCGCAACGUUACCGCGAACCAGACUGCUCAAUUCCUCCUGGAGUCUUUUAUUUGUCCUAUAUCUUACGAGGCGACAUUACGCGUUAACGCUGGAGUGCCCACAUGGGUAUACCGCUACUUUGGCGACUGGGGCAACAAUCGUCUCUACCCAAUGAGUGGCGCGUACCAUGGCUCGGAAUUGAACAUGAUUCUUGGUAGUUCCGAAGAUGUCAGUGGCCUGCCUGCGACACAGGCGCAGAAAGAAACAUCGCGACUCUUCCAACGCGCCGUUGCUACGUUCGCAGAAGACCCGAAGGAUGGAUUGACUGAGCUUAGCUGUCCGCAAUUCGACUCGCAAAAGGAGAGUUGGAUUGAAGUUGGGGUAGAAAAUGAGCCCAAAGCUACGUUUGCUAAGCCGGAGAAGUACGAUAAGCCUUGUCUGAGAAACGUUAUGGGAUCGCUGCCGACGUCGACGUGA